UGUAGGCAGCCCACAGUGAGUCAGUGGAGGGCUUUCUCUCUYACUGACAAGAGCAACAAACUCAUGUUGAGUUAUGAGGUUUUGACUCUUAGUUUUAUUAUAACCUACACGUAACUUAAUUUGGUUUUAUUUUAGACUCAUUUUUACUUAGUGAAAACACUGAUGAAUUGUAUUUUCCCUCCACGGACCUUGUGUUGAUGUCAGGAGCUUUGGUUUCAGCCUGACAUCACACUGAAGGAUGAAGAUGAGUUUCUCUCCGCGCUUCCUGCGUCCACACCUGCCUUCGCUGCGCACGUCGCGCUGCACAGAGAGGAGAGGAGCGGGACGUGAAUCAUGAGCAGAUCUCAGCUGGAAACCCUCGGGGGGCUGGUCUGCUAAAAAAAAAAAAAAGAGGCACAUUUAUUGAAUUUCAAACAGAAAAUAAAAGAUAAAGAGAUGUUGCCGGGGAAACGAGCGAGCAGGAAGUGAAGGAGGACAGCGGAGCGGGGAAGGGGCUCUCCCUGCGAGCCUUCCUGGAACCUGGCGGCGCUCCAUGGGGGGAGAAGGAGACGSGCUCACCGGGGAGGAAAAUGCUCAAAGUUUGUCGGCGUUGUCUACAAGUGCAAGCCCGCAGUAGCUGUAGGACAUGAGCAGAGAUUAAAUAAAGAAUGCAUGUCGUUUGGGAUUUCUCUGUGAUUCUGCAGUUCUGUGCGAUCUGCGCUUCGACAGCUCAGCCGAUUGCAUCAAAGCUUGAUGAAGGCUGGUGGGCGUAUAAGGACGCGGUCCAGGGAAGCUUUGUUCCAGUCCCAUCCUUUUGGGGUCUGGUGAACUCGGCCUGGAACUUGUGUGCCAUCGGGAAGAGGCAGUCUCCCAUYGACAUCGAAACCAGUCACAUGAUCUUUGACCCCCACCUGACCCCUCUCAGGCUGAACACUGGAGGACGCAGGAUGGGCGGCACCAUGUACAACACAGGGAAGCAUGUGGCCCUGCGGCCAGACAGAACUCAUCUGGUCAACAUCUCUGGAGGCCCUCUGGGUUACAGCUAUCGGCUGGAGGAGGUCCGCCUUCACUUCGGGAGUGAAGAUGCUCUGGGUUCAGAGCACCUUCUCAACGGACAAGGCUUUCCUGGAGAGGUGCAGCUGAUUCAUUACAAUCAGGAUCUGUACGCCAACUACAGCGAGGCAGCAAAGAGCCCACAUGGAAUCGCUGUGGUCUCCAUCUUCAUUAAGCUCUCUGAAAAGUCCAAUACCUUCCUGAACCGCAUGCUCAACCGAGACACCAUCACCAGAAUUAAUUACAAACAUGAUGCCUUCCUAUUACUGGGGCUGAACAUGGCUGACCUGUACCCUGACACCACACGUUACAUCACGUACGAGGGCUCCAUCACUGUCCCCCCCUGCUAUGAGACCUCCACCUGGAUACUCAUUAACAAGCCAGUUUAUGUCACACAGAUGCAGAUGCACUCUCUGCGCCUCCUUAGCCAGAACGAACCCUACAAGAUCUUCCUGAGUAUGAGCGACAACACCCGGCCCACCCAGCCUCUGCUGCAGCGCUGCAUUAGAACCAACAUCAACUUCAGCAAGCAGGGUCGCGAUUGCCCAAACAACCGUGCCCUUCGACCACAGUACAGAGUCAACCAGUGGCUCCUGAAGUAGAAGAUGAAGUUGUGAAGCUGCAACAGCACGGGAGAGGAGGCAGUAGUCCUCUUCACUAUAAAGUUCAUCUUAGCUGAACAAUAAGAUGAACUGAGUGAAGAACCCAAAAGCUGCUUUUAACUAAAGACAGCUUUACUAAACUGCCAUCAGCUAAGCUUCUGAACUCCAAACCAACUGCUGUGCAGGCUUCCCACAUACCUGCAGUGGGGCCAGCACUCAGGUUGGUGUAAAGUGUGAAAUAGACCAUAAGGACUCUGAUGUCUUCGUUGUAAUGUUGUUUCAUUUGUUGAUUCAAGCUCAGAAAGACUACAUUUGUUUCUGUCUGGUUUUCAGAGAGAUAACUAUUACUUAAAGGCAAGGCUGUGUGAUGUCAGACCCUCAGAUUUGAUUAAAACCAUCACCCAUGCACAGGAGGAGGUCAUAUUUCUUAUUACCUGGACCCCCCAGCAAUAAAUAACCCUCAGCAAGACAUAGAAAGACAGUAUACUGAUACUAUAAAUAUUACUUAGGUUGUUUAGCUAACUGGAAGGUGGAGAGGCUACGUAGAGGGAAUAUGCUGAAAUAAUGCUGUAUUUAUAUAAUUCUGUAGUACACUAGUACUCUUCAUGUCUCUACAUGAAGAGGGAGUAAACGGGGUAGAGUGAAUGGGAACUAGUGACGAGGCAUUUGUGGUAAGACAGAAAGAGAAGGUUUACAGGACAAUAGUGUGUCCUGCUGUGAUGUCUCGUAUUGGAAAGAGUGGCACUAGCAAAAAGACGAAUCUGAUAAAAGAUUUGCUUGAGAUGACAGUGGUGAAGAUGUUCAGAUUUUUAUUUGGACGGACCAAAAUGGACAGGACUACAAAUGUGCAUCUUGGCGAGACGGGUCAAAGGAGACAAAGUUAGAGAGGCGAAAGUGAGGGUUUGGACCUGUUAAGAGAAGGGACAGUGGACAUAUUGAACAACAAAAUUAUUUUAUGAAGCUGCCAGGGAGGAGAGGGAAAAAAAUAUAGAGAAGGUUCAUAGAUAAAGCAGAAUCUACAGAGGUUUGGUGUAACAGAAGGGGAGAUGGAGGCAGAAGAUCCACUGUUGGAGACCCAUUAAACCAAAAUUACGAGGAAAUAUGCAUAUUUUCAGAUUGGACCUCACAGCCUCACUUGGUUGCAACUGUGUUUUCAACCAAGUGACCAGAAAGCUGUGUGGCUGUGUUUUUGAAAAUCAGAGGCUAUUUUUUGUGUACAUGGCUUGGAAAAGAGUGUCCUAGGUCAUGCACAUUAUUUUGUUGUCCACCUCCUCCCACAUUGUACCCAUAUCACCCUGUGUUUUUCCCACCAGGUUUCAAAGAGUUUUGAGCAAAACUGAAGAAAGAUUUGAUGGCACGGUAUUGUUUUGAAAUAUUUUUAAAAAGAAAAGAAAAUUUAAUUUCUACAGUUUCCCCCCAUACCUGCUGCUAUUGACUUCAAUGAUUAUGUUCGUUAACAUCAUACGGUCUUACAGAUGGAGAUUUCCACGGAUGUUGCAACUUUUUUUGUUAAGUUUACGCCAUCAGAUAGGAACAAUUUUUGUUUUUUGAGUGUGUUGUACAGUUUGAAAUAUUUGAUGAUAUUCAUCUAAUACAUAAAUAAGUAAAAGAUACCUGAA